AAAUAAAUAAGCAUGUGGGUGCCGAGAUUACUGAGGACCAUCAAACAGCAUACCCAAUUUACCCGCCAAAUCAGUGCGAGGAUCGUGAAUGGAACGAAUAUCGAAGUUCAGCCGGAAGAUGGAAAGCCGGAAAAGCUGAUUUUUCCUUCAGUUUGGCUGCGUGACAAUUGUUUGUGCGACGAGUGCUUCCACGGCAGCUCCAAGUCCCGCAAGUUGGACUGGGACAACUUCGAUACCAGGAUAAAGCCAGUGGAUUUGGUGGCUGACGGGAAGGAAAAGCAGGUGGUGGUGCGGUGGAGUGACCACCAUGAGAGUCGGUUCACCCUAGAGUGGCUCAAAGAUCGCAGUUUCCAGAAGGAAAAACAGGAGGAGUAUUUAAGGGAGUUCUACCGACCGGAAACGCAGCACUGGUCGGGCAAGCAGUUCCAGGAUAUCGCCAGGCACUUCAACUACGAGGAGGUGAUGUCCCAGGACUCCACGCUGAUGCAGUGGCUCCAAUCGCUGGCCGUCCAUGGGGUGGCCCUCCUCCGGAAUGCUCCCCUGGAUGAGGGGGUGGUGCGUCGCCUGGCCGAGCGGGUGGGCUUCAUUCGACGCACCACCUACGGCGAGGAGUUCGUGGUUCAGGCCAAGCCGGGUGCCCAGAACUUUGCCUACCUCUCGCUUCCCCUGCCCCUGCACACCGAUCUGCCCUACUACGAGUACAAGCCGAGUGUGAAUAUCCUGCACUGCGUCGUCCAGACGGAUUCACCCGGCGGCAGCAACAUGCUCGUCGACGGCUUCCACAUUGCCGAUAUCCUGAGACGCGACUAUCCCGAGGACUUCGAGAGGUUGAGUCGCGUGAUCGUCGAUUGGAACGACAUUGGCAGCGAGGACGGAAGGAAGUUCCACAACAUCUGGCGGGCGCCGGUCAUAUGCCUGGACGCCGAGGGGCGGUACACGCGGGUGAACCACAGCGUUCCGCAGCGGGACAGCCACUUCAACGUGCCGCUGGCGGAGGUGCUGCCCUGGUACGAGUCCUACGCCCGCUUCGUCCGCCUGGCGAUCGCCGACAGCCACGCCUUCAAAACGCAGCCCGGCGACGUCCUCACCUUCAACAACAUCCGACUUUUGCAUGGAAGAACCGGCUACGAUGAUUCGGAAAUCAGUCCUCGCUACAUUGUGGGCGCCUAUCUCGACUGGGACAUCAUCUAUUCGCGUUUGCGGGUGCUGAAGAAUAAAAUACAAAGAAAACCCCAAUAAAAAGAAAAGCGAGCUGCCAUAUUUUCCAAGCCAUUUGAUGUGAGCUUCUUAUUUGAAUAGUUGCCCCCGCACAUAUGCUACGAAAUCUGGAAAUCCAUCUAAUCCCGUUUAGCUUCAGGCGCCAAUUUCGGCAGCUAAAGCAGUUAAAGCAGCUCAAGCGCAAAAAUGAAAAGUUGAAAAAAAUCACGAUGAUCCCGGGAUCCAAAGAAAAAGUCACCAAGUUCUGGGGGAAAUUAUGGGCGGGGGUGUCUCGGCUUAUUUGCAUCGCGGCAUCGCCUGACAAAUCGUUUGUGAAAAUGAUUGACAGCGGGGGGAGUUGGGGGCAUAAAGGGGCGGGAAAUUGGCCAAAACACGUUGGGAGUGUCGAAAAUGUGGCCAAGUUGAGAACCUCACACUGCGACAAAUUUCGAUUGCAUACAAGAUCAUUUUUAAAUUUCAUUAAUUUGUGUAAUAAAAAAUAAAAUAUAAAUGGCUUAUUUAAAUGUCUGCCUGUAUUAUAUAAUAAAUCAACGAUCAUUUCUACGUUUUUUACUGCCUAUUAACCAUAAAUUGUAAUUUUUGAAAUCCCAAUAUAAAUAAAAUAUAAAUUUCUUAUUUUUCCUAUUU